AUAAUAGACUACAAAUAUUGUCAACUGGUAAAUACAUAGUCUCGUGAAUGGUAUUGUCAGUUAAGUCGUGGUGGAAUCAUGAUCAGUGUGAUUAUCAGAAAUGAAAGUUAAGAAAUGUUAUAAAAAUUUUGUACAGAAAAACUGUGACGAUAUUGGAAAUUCUCAAUAAAAGGAAUGUAACUCAACCAGGAAAUAUAGUUUUCUGCUUACAAUUAUGUCUGAAUCAUCUGCUAACAAGGUUUUUUCUGAAAAAGAUAAAGAACUGUUUAAUGAAAAUGAUUUAGAGAAGUUAUUAGUCAUCAAAUCCUCAUUACGUAAUCGACUGAAAGAUGAAAAACUCUCUGAAAAAGCAGAAGCGUCUGUAUUAGAACCAGAAGCAGAAUCUAAAAUCAGUGAAUUGAUAAAAGAAGUCACCUUACAGACUUGUAGAGAAUCACGAAGGAAGCUGAUGAUAGAAAGAUUGCAAAUUAGUCAGGUAUUGAUUGAAAAUCUCUUUGAGAAAGAUGAAUCCACUGAUCUCCAAGUUAGCAAAGAAUUAGAAUCAUUUUUGGAAACACAACGUAAACUAUCGGUAGAUAUUCUGAAAAAACAUAAGGCACUGACUAACUUUCAGUCUAAAGUCGAUCAAAUGAAAGUUGAGAACUUAAGAAACAUUGCUCAGAAUCGUGAAUUAAUGAUCUUUCUGGAACCUACAAAUCAAAAUUUAAAAGCUGUUGUUGAGAAAUACAAUUCAAAAUCACAAGAAAGCAGGUUUCUGGAAGAGUUAGCCAAACUAAAGAAAGAGAACAGGGCUUUCCAAUAUAUUCUCCAAAGCUUAAUUGCAGGAAGCAGUGUUGAUUGGGCUGAUGAUCCAGAAUUACUUUCUGUUAUGUUAAGGGCUGGUAAAGAGCUUUGACUCGAAAAAAAGACAGUAAAGUGAAUUAUUAAUUAAUGAAAAAAAAUUUGAAAUUUUUAACGAAAAGAUUUUAUUUGGUUACAUUUUGAGCCCAUUAUGGGCUAAACUGUACACCAGGAUUGUUGGAUAAUCUACUGGUAUGGUCCAAUAUUCUACAAUACCGUUGAUAUCCUAAGGGGAUUGAGAUCUUUGGUUUGUGGUAGCAGUGAUGAGGAUAUUCCUGGAGGGAUGACUGAAAACUCAUUCAACUAAAAAUUCAUAAUUCAUUCAAAGUUGUUUUUAAAAUAAAAAUGUCAUUAAAAUUCAAAUUUAAA